UUGUACGCCGUUAACGUUUAAAAGUAGAAAACAAAAAAGAAAAAAGAGGGUGAUGGUCGACGCUUGUUCACCGUUCCAGCAGCAGAUCGAUUUCUUUUACGCCCCUUCCCAAAUCUUUCUUCUAUCUCCACUUCCCAAAGGAGGUUUCUUCAAAUCCAGCUUCUUCAAUCAAAUCAUUUUCCCAAGGAUGAAGGAGGUUGCCAUAUGAUUUGAGCUUCGGAUCGAGUGUGAAAAGGAAUGGCGUGGUUUAGUGGGAAACUUGAUUUGGGGAACUUGGAUCUUGCCGGUGCCGUCAAUAAGCUCAGUGAGAGCGUCAAAAACAUUGAAAAGAAUUUCGAUACCGCACUUGGUCUCGAGGAGAAAUCUGAUGAAUCUACUAGCACUGAAGGUUCAGGAUUAUGGCCUUCAAGUACGGAUAGGAAGGCCUUGUUUGAUCCUGUCAUGGCUUUUAUGGGACAAAAAGGUGGGGAGACUGCUGUAGAAUCUAUAGAGAAAGCUGAGUCAUCAAAGCCCGCCUUGCCCACAGAGGAGGUAGUUGAAGAUUCAGCUGAAUCUACAGUUCAACAUGAUGUAGUUCCUAAAGAACCAAAAGAAGAAACAAGGGACGUAAUUGAGCAAACUAAAUCUGUUGAAGAAGCGAAUGAAGAAGCACAGAAUGUUGAUGAGAAACCAAACCAAAAGAUAUCUGCUGAAGAAGAAAACGGGGAAGCAAGAGCUGCUGAUGUCAAACUAGACUCUGCUAUGGAAACAAAGGUUGAGAGGGAAGAGCAAAGAAGUGCUACCAGACCAGAUGAAAGAAAAGCUGAAAUUGAUUCAGUGGCUGAAGCGUCAGAAGUCAAUUUAGAUCAUGCUCGGGAAAAAUCUCCAGAAAUCCCCCAAAAGAAUAUUCCGGAGGAAGAAUCAUCCGAAAAUCUGGAGUUGAUUGCCUCCCAAACAUCAAAUGCUUUAUCUCAAACUGAAGUUGGUAUCCCCCUGCUUGUUGACUCACAGGAAAAUACCGACGAUGACAGGGAACAGAAGAAAGAAGUCACUGAUGAAUCUCCUCUAGUUCAAUCACAGGAUGCAUCAAGUGACCGAGCAGACAGGGAAGAGAAGAAAGAAGUGACCGAGGAGUCUCCUCCAGUUCAAUCACAGGAUGCGUCAAGUGACCGAGUAGAAAGUGGAAGACCUUCUGUUUCCGAUUCUGUAACUGCCAGUGAAGAUGGCAGUGUUGAAGAGCAUUCUAACAGGAGCUUUCUUGGUGACCAGCACACAGAUGAAGGUCGGAAGAGGGUAUCUGAAUCAGUUAUGCAUGAAAAUGAGUCAGUUAGUAGACCUGUUGGGGCUACCCAGCGAGGAAAUGAUUAUGAGACUGACAUGAAAGAACAACGGUUGAGCUCCGGAAGCAACUCUUCAGAUGUUACAGACACAGUGGUUGAACUGGAGAAGCUGAAGAAGGAAAUGAAAAUGAUGGAAACUGCAUUACAAGGAGCUGCUAGACAAGCACAGGCGAAAGCUGAUGAAAUUGCGAAGUUGAUGAAUGAGAACGAGCAAUUGAAGUCUGCUAUUGAGGAUCUGAGAAGGAAGUCCAAUGAUGCAGAAGUUGAAUCUCUGCGAGAAGAGUACCAUCAAAAAGUGUCUGCUCUUGAGAGAAAGGUUUAUGCUCUAACCCGGGAGAGGGAUACACUACGCAGGGAACAUAAUAAGAAAAGUGAUGCUGCAGCUCUUCUCAAAGAGAAGGAUGAGAUAAUUACUCAAGUAAUGGCUGAAGGUGAGCAGCUUUCUAAAAAGCAAGCUGCCCAAGAAGCUCAGAUGAGAAAAUUAAGGGCACAGAUCAGAGAGCUUGAAGAAGAGAAGAAAGGAUUACUUACCAAGCUUGAGGUUGAAGAGAAUAAAGUAGAGAGUAUAAAGAGAGAUAAGGCUGCAACGGAAAAACUGCUUCAUGGAACAGUAGAAAAACAUCAAGCAGAACUUGCAAUGCAAAAAGAUUACUAUACUAAUGCGUUAAAUGCCGCAAGAGAAGCUGAAGCUUUAGCUGAGGCACGGGCUAACAAUGAAGCCAGAACUCAACUAGAGGGUCGCCUAAGAGAGGCUGAAGACCGUGAAGCCAUGUUUGUUCAGGCACUUGAAGAAUUAAGGCAAACACUAAGCAGAACGGAGCAGCAGGCAGUUUUUAGGGAAGAUAUGUUGCGCAGAGACAUUGAGGAUCUCCAGAAAAGAUACCAAGCCAGCGAGCGUAGAUGUGAGGAGUUGAUAAUACAAGUUCCUGAAUCUACCAGACCUCUUCUCAGGCAGAUAGAAGCCAUGCAGGUU